AUGGCAACAAGAUCAGCAAAAGGAAAGAAAGCUGCAGAUGUGAAGGUUACUGAAAAUGUACCAGCAAAAAAAGGUCGUAAAGGUAAACAAGCUACAGAACCAGAAACACCUGAAAUGGAAGUUGAUGAAAAAACUGCAGUACCAGAAAAAAAGUCAAAACGUGGCAAGAAAAUGGAAAGUGAAGAAAAACAGUUGAAUGGCACAAAAGAAGAAGUGGGUCCUCCAGCAAAAAAGAGUAGAAAGAAGAAUGUAGAAGAACCCACACAUGAAGAGCAAUCUAAUGGUGACAAUUCAGCUGCUGAAGAGGAACCCACUCCAGCUGAUGAAGUUGAACAGGAUGAUGAUCAAACAGAAACUAAUGGACAUACAGAGGAACCACAGGGGUCUUCAGUAGGCAAGGGACGUAAAAAACAAACGAAAAAAGAUGCAGCUGCAGAAAAAUCUAGUGGAUUAGAAAUUAAAACUAGGGAAACUGGGAGGGGAAGAAAAAACACUAAGCAGGAUAGUGAAGAGAGUGAUACAGUCAAAAAACCAGAUAUUGUUGAAGAUAAAUCAAAACCUGGUAGAGGAAGAGGGAAAAAAGCACAGGCAAAGGCCAGUAAUGAUUUGGAAGUUGAAGAAAAAGUUGAAGAUCCAGAUGAGGCAAAACCAGAACCAUCUGCAACUAAAGGGAGAAAGAAACAGACUAAAGCAAACAAAGAAAAAACACCAGAUGUAGAUAAGGAAGUAUCUGAAAAUCAAGAACAGAAAGAAGAAGAAGUAGAAGACAAGGUUGAAGAAGAACCCAAAAAGAAAGAAACUAAAAGUCGAAAAAAUCAGGGUAAAAAGGUUUCACCUAAGGAAGACCCUGAGGAGAAAGAUGAAGAAAUAAAAGAAGAAUCACAGCCUGCCAAAAAACGUAAAGGUGCUAAGAAGGAGGAAAAGAGUAAAGGAGAUUCCAAAGAUGAGGAAGAAGAAGAAACAGAAUUAGAAGAAAAAGCUCCUGAAGCAAAACCUACCAAAGGCAAAAGGGGUCAAAAGAAUGCUCCGACAAAACCAAUUGAGACUGAAGAGGAAGUACAAGACACGGGCGAACUAACCAACAAACGUCGGCGCAAGCCCGCCGAGGAAAAGGCUGCUGAUGAUGAAGGCAAAAAGAAAGCACCACUUAAGAAUAAAUGUUCCACUAACUACGAAGAAAUUGAUUUCUCUAAUGCAGCAAAAACAACACAAGGAAAAGAGUGGAAUUUCAAAAUAGCCAGCUGGAAUGUAGACGGCAUAAGAGCGUGGUUAGGUAAAGGGGGCUUAGAUUAUUUGAAAUACGAAAAACCAGAUAUUCUUUGUCUGCAAGAGAUUAAGUGCGCCAAAGAGAAGUUGCCGCAAGAAGUUACAAAUGUGCCGGGAUACCACGCGUAUUGGUUGUGUAGUGAUCAAGAUGGCUACGCUGGCGUAGGAAUAUACACUACUAAACUGGCAAUGAAUGUUCAGUAUGGCUUGCAAAACGAAGAACUUGACAGUGAAGGUCGCAUCAUAACUGCCGAAUACGAGCAGUUCUAUUUAGUAUGCACAUAUGUUCCUAACGCUGGUCGUAAAUUAAUAACCCUACCUAAAAGACUGAAAUGGAAUGAAGAAUUCAGAAAAUAUGUCAAGUCACUUGAUAUGAAAAAACCUGUUAUUAUUUGCGGUGACAUGAAUGUUUCCCAUAAUGAAAUAGAUCUAGCCAACCCUAAAACAAAUAAAAAAAAUGCUGGCUUUACGGAAGAGGAACGUGCGGGCAUGACAGAAUUGCUCAACGAGGGCUUCGUUGACACAUAUCGACAAUUGUAUCCGCAAAAAGCGAAUGCUUACACAUUCUGGACUUACAUGAUGAAUUCCCGAGCCAAAAACGUUGGAUGGCGUUUAGACUACUUUAUCAUGUCACAAAGAUUACUCCCAUCGCUUUGUGACAGUGUUAUCAGAAACGAAGUAUAUGGUAGCGACCACUGUCCUAUUGCAAUAUUCCUUCGCUUAAGUAGUGCUGAUAAACCUAAAGAAUAA